AUGUCAGCUAGGCUCGUGGGCGAGUGGAAUUUAUUAUCCCAGAUGGAGAGAUUAAGCACCAACCAGCUCUACAAAUCUGGAGUUCCUGUAACCAUACCAACAUCUCUGCCUUCUAUACCAGCCUCUCUGGAUGAGAGCUUCCCGAGGCUUCCAGAUGCACAGAUUGUUUUGAUGGAGAGAGAAUUGAGGAGCACUCCACUACCACCUCACCAGACCACUAUUGCUCCUAUCCGUGGUCAGUUUCACUCCAAUACUGGAUCUGUUGGACCUCUGUGCUCACCUCCAUCUGUAAGGUUCUCUUCACUUUCAAAUCCUGAUCAAUACUCGAACCACAAUCCAUACAAUUCUCAAGCACCAAGCACUGCAACUUCUUCAACGCUGAAUUAUGGGUCACAAUAUGGAGGCUUUGAACCUUCCAUAACCGAUUUCCCAAGAGACGUUGAACCAACCUGGUGCCCUGAUCCAGUUGAGAGCAUUCUUGGAUACUCUGGUGAUGUCCCUGCUGGGAAUAAUGUGACCGGGACCACUUCUAUUGGCGCUUCAGAUGAUCUUACUAAGCAAACUGAAUGGUGGACAGAGUUUAUGAAUGAGGAUUGGAAGGACAUGGUUGAUAUCCCAACUACCACAGAAACUCAACAGGUUGGGCAACCUGUGCAACCAUCCAUCUCAGUUCACCAAUCAGCAACCCAACAAACAGUUUCGUCUCAAUCUGUGGAACCGUUGGCAGUUGUGGCACCCUCACCCACUACUGGCUCCAAUACUGCCAAGGCACGCAUGAGAUGGACUCCUGAGCUUCACGAGCGCUUUGUGGAUGCUGUCAAUCAACUUGGUGGCAGUGAAAAAGCAACUCCUAAGGGUGUCCUGAAGCUAAUGAAGGCAGACAAUUUGACCAUUUAUCAUGUAAAAAGUCAUCUUCAGAAAUACAGAACAGCUCGAUACAGACCAGAGUUAUCUGAAGGCUCUUCUGAAAAGAAAGUGGCAUCUAAAGAAGAUAUACCAUCUAUUGACUUGAAAGGGAGUUUUGAUCUCACUGAAGCACUUCGGCUCCAGUUGGAACUUCAAAAGAGGCUUCAUGAACAGCUUGAGAUACAAAGAAGUUUGCAGUUAAGAAUUGAGGAACAAGGGAAGUGUCUUCAGAUGAUGCUAGAGCAGAGGUGCAUACCGGGGACAGAAAAGGUGCAGAAUGCUAAAACCACUUCCGAUUCUGAGAUUCCAGAAUCUUCUACAGUCAAGGAUGUCCCAGAAAACAGUCAAAAUGGACCAACCAAGCAAACAGGCUUAGUUGUUUUUGUCCUUUCGUGGGAACAGAUGAAUGCUAUUGUUAACUUCUUUGCAAAGCCUGGCCAGGUAUCAAGUAGCAUCUGGUAG